CAACAGUUGUGUAGUGGAGCUGCACAGGCUAGCACAACGAACCUUAAAGGAUAACUAAGAAUAACUAGGCAAGCAACAAAGCAACAUGCAAGGACUUGGGCUACUGCUAGCACUGGUCGCUCUGGCUAGCGCCAGCAGCAAGAUCAGCGAAUUUGAAUACCUCUCCAGCUAUCAGAUAUGCGACCUGGUGCCGGAUGACACAAGCUUGCUGCGGCCGAACACCUGCAACCACUGGAUACGCUGUCCGAUAAAUGGCAGCAGCUUGGAGGAGGGCUCCUGCGCCGCCGAGCUCAACUACAACAAGAACCAGGGACGCUGCGUGUCCGCCAGCAGCGUUGAGUGCCCCUACGCCCACGUCAACAACAGCAUGAACCAAGCUGCCAAUGUCUGCGCCAAUCAGAUCGAGGGCAGCUUCCUGGAGGAUCCAACAAGCCCCGAUUGCCGCGGCUACAUACUCUGCCGUCAGCAUCGCGUAGUCAAGGCCAACUGCCCCAAUGAGCUGAUCUUCAAUGCCCAGUCGCGCUCCUGUGUCUAUCCCACGCAAUACACGUGUCCCGCUAGUCAAAGGACCACUUCGCCCGCCUGUCGUGCGCUGCCCAACAACACGCGCCUGGCGCAUGAGGAGCACUGCAACAGCUACUACAUAUGCAUCAAUGAUCUGCUCCAUGAGCGAGAAUGCCUCGACCAAAUGGCCUAUGAUGUGCGUCGAGGACGUUGUGUUCCGGCUGCUAACGCCACUUGCUACGAGACCGCCAAGCUGCCACCGCCAGAGAAUACCUUCUGCGUGACGAGGACCCAAAACCAAACAAAAAAUUUGGUCGGUCACUUUCCGGAUCCAGAGUCAUGCAGCCACUACUACAUCUGCGGCAAGCCCGUCAAUGGCAAACAUGACACUAACCCUCAGCAUCUGCAGUGCGAUCCCGGCCAAUUUUACGAUCAGGAGAAGCUCUCUUGUCGCGAUCGUCUCAAUGUGCGCUGCCCACUCGAUCGCUGCGCCGGCACCGAUCUGAACUACGUGAAUGUGCUCGGCAAUUGUCACAACUAUAUGCGCUGCUCCAACGGCGUUGCCGUGGGCAACGGAACCUGCCCCAGUAGCUACUACUUUGAUGAGCGCAGCCAGGGCUGCACGCCUGUCAAUCACAACUACGCCGCCUGUGCAGUCUAACUAAAUGCCUAAUAUACAUACUACGUAUAUCGACACUAACUACAUAUAUCGAUAACUAACGCGUAUACAUCUAAUCUGGUUGAGCAUUAAAUGUAAUUGAAAUUGAAGCAUUAAAUAAUCAAAUAUAUGGUGGUGGAGCAUACAAAACACA